AUCAAAAUAUAAAGUUGCUGGUCACGUGGUAGAAGUGUGUUUCAAUGGGUCAACAAAGUUUGAGCCUGUAAUGGAUGCAUUCCCUCCAAUCCCAGAACAUUCAUUUAACUUCCUUCAUUUUGACAACUUGGAGGACCAGAUGAGGACUCAGACAGUACUUAAGGAUGUUUACGGUUGUAUCAAAUCACUAAUACCAGAACAUCAAGUUACUGUCAAAGACACUGGAAAAUUGGAAUCAAAAUGUGAAAUCUUUGUAGAAAAUUUGAGGAGGGAGGAUAUCAAAAUUACCUUCUGGGGUGACAUAGCUAGAGAGUUUGAUAUGGAAAGAGUUAAACAGUUAUCCCCACCAAUGCUCGCUGUAUUCACGGGUUUAAGGUUGACCAAAUUCCAAGAACGGGUAACAGCAGCAACAACAGGCCAUACAUGCAUCAUCAUCAAUCCAGAUAUUCCAAUAGCAAAUGAAUACAAAGCUGAGCGACAAAGUGAAAGUACUUCCUGUACCUUUCAAACGGCCAACAGCAGAAGAGAUGAAAGACAAAACAACAAAGUCGGUCUUUGAAUUAAACACAUGGAUCCAGAUAUAUACAUGAAUAAAACAGUGUAUUGCACUGCUUCGAUCCUCGGUUUCCAGUCCAUAAUGGUUGGUGGUAUAGAGGCUGUUCAAAGUGUUUUAAAGAACUGAAGCAAAGAGAGGACAGUGGUGAAUUAAUUUGU